AUGGGUAAUCUGUACUUGAUACCAUGGCUUCUGCUAACAGCCGUUGCUGCUGACCCAUAUGAGGAACCUCACACACUGGAUAAUCGACAGGUGAUGGUGCACUUGUUCGAGUGGAAAUGGAAGGAUAUCGCUGCAGAAUGUGAAAACUUCUUACAGUACUUCGGAUAUGGAGCUGUACAGUCUUUUUUGAGGUACGAUGAUCCAAAUACCUGGUUGAACCGAGAAGUAAUGGUACACUUGUUCGAGUGGAAAUGGAAGGAUAUCGCUGCAGAAUGUGAAAACUUCUUACAGUACUUCGGGUAUGGGGCUGUACAGGUCUCACCACCUAUGGAACACAUAACAUUGAUUGAAAAAAAUGAUUUGCCAUGGUGGGUUAGAUACCAACCAGUCAGUUACAAACUGAUCUCACGUAGUGGUAACGAGGAAGAGUUCAAAGACAUGGUUGACAGAUGUAACAAAGUUGGAGUGAGAAUCGUUGUUGAUGCUGUUAUCAAUCACAUGGCCGGGGCUGCACAGAAAAAAGGAGUUGCUACCAGAGACAGCAGUGGCGGCUCAUUCUUCGAUUCAACGGAUGGCGUAGAAAGUUUCCCAGAGGUGAGGAAGAAGGGGACCAGAAGGUCACAAUGGAUGUGA